GAUAUCCCAUAGAUAGAGCUCGCCGAGCUGCAUCUGGAACGCUAGUUGGAACGGUUGGAACGGACUCCUGGGCGAAUCGCUGAUGGAAGGACUCGAAUCCGCUGCCAACUUCACUUACGUGAUGGAAAGUGACAAAUUAAUGUUUAAUGGUCCAAUGGAUGUCAUCGACCAUUUCAUUCAAAAUCGUUUAAAGCAUGGUUUAGAUAUGGGUAUUAAUGAAGAAUCUUUCGAACAUUAUGUUUAUGAUGUUAUUGAAGUUCAAUUACUAAAGUCAAUCAAUUUGUCCAAUUUUGAUUCACCACCUGAUGAUAAAUGGACACAGAUACUUUUUCCUACAUGCUAUAUACAUAGCUGCUGCCAAAAGUCAACGGAAUCGAACAUAUAUGGUGGCAUUAUCUGCUUCAAACUUCGUGAUGUGGGCUUCAAUCGAUUCAAUACUCAAGAUUUAAAUGAAACAACACAAGAGUCAACAAACAGCCUUCAAUGGGUGAAUUCUGAUCCGAGUACGGGAUUGAUUGACCUGGGAUCCCCACAUGUGUUUCGACCGGACGCAAUUCGUGGAGGUAUAUGCAACAAAGCGGAAAAAGUGCACAGAUCUGGCAAUGAAAAACCUUCAAUGAAGAUCUUACAAGGCCGUAAAUCAAUUCAGAUAUACGUUAAAAGUACCAAUAUGGCUGCCAAAUUGGAUUGUUCAAUUUUUGGAGAAUUAUUGAAAAUUGUUUUCAUAAAUCUUUGCGAACACGCCGCACUAAUCGAUGAAGAAGUUCAACAGAUUCGCCGUGAAAACCUAGGAUUGCAUCCAAUGCACAAAUAUCAUAGUCAAUUUUUACAUUCAUUUGGAAUUUCGACACAAUAUCAAAGCUAUCGCAGUUGUGAUAACCACAAACAAGAUUAA